CAGAGGGAAAUUAAUUUAUCGAUUGGCGCCAUUUUUCGUUCCUGCUGAAGCUGUCCUCUUUACUCCUCUCUUUUUCUGCCUGGAAGAAACCCUAGGUCUCAAUAAUUUCAUUGUGGGAAACUGCGAGUGGAUAGAUUAACGGAGGCCUCUCACACCAGAUCUCCAGUCCCCUGCGUUCGAUGGCCGAAGAGCGUCGCCCUAAACGGCCCAAAAUCACAAGAGGCGAAGAUGAUUACAUGACGGGGAAUAUAGUUGAGAUUGAGCUUCGUAACUUCAUGACCUUCAAUAACUUGACAUGCAAGCCGGGCUCACGUCUAAACCUCGUGGUUGGACCCAACGGCGCUGGUAAGAGCUCUCUUGUAUGUGCAAUUGCGCUUGGACUUGGGGGUGAGCCACAGCUACUCGGGAGGGCAACGAAUGUUGGGGCAUUUGUGAAGCGGGGGGAGGAGUCUGGUUUUGUCAAGAUUUCCUUGAGAGGGGCUGGUAAAGGCGAACACUUUACAAUUGCACGCAAAAUAGAUAUUCGGAACAAGUCUGAAUGGCUAUUCAAUGGUAAAGUUGUUCCGAAAAGGGACGUAAUUGAAGUAAUCCAAAAGUUCAAUAUUCAAGUCAACAAUUUGACUCAAUUUUUGCCACAAGACAGGGUCUGUGAAUUUGCAAAGCUAACUCCAAUUCAACUUCUAGAAGAAACGGAAAAGGCUGUAGGUGAUCCUCAAUUACCACUCCAGCAUCAUGCCCUUGUUGAUAAAAGUGGUGAAUUAAAGAAACUUGAAAGAACCAUCCAGCGAAACAAAGAGUAUUUGGAUCAGCUGAAGGGACUUAAUGCUGAGCAAGAAAAAGAUGUUCAACGUGUUCGUCAAAGGGCAGAACUCCUGGAAAAGGUUGAGUCCAUGAAGAAGAAAUUGCCUUGGCUGAAGUAUGAUAUGCAGAAGGCUGUGUAUAUGGGAGCUAAAAAGCAAGAGAAUGAUGCUAAGAAGAAGUUGGAUGAAGCUGCUAAAACUUUAAAUGAAGCACAAGAACCUAUAGAGAAGCAAAAAAAAGAGAAAGCAACAGAGGAUUCUAAAUGCAAAAAAGUACGCAGUCUCUUGGAUGAAAAUGCCAAUAAACGCAUGCAGCUUGUGGAGAAUGAAAAUCGUUUGGGAGUGAAAGUUCGGGGUAAAUAUAAUGAAAUAGAGGAGUUAAAGAGACAAGAGGAGAAUCGUCAAGAAAGAAUAUCAAGAGCAAAGGAAGAGCUUAUUGCAGCUGAAAAGGAGCUUGCAAAUCUGCCUCCCUAUGAGCCCCCUAAGGAAGAAAUUGAAAGGUUAGGUGCUCAAAUUCUGGAGCUGGAAGAGACUGCAAGGGAGAAGCGACACCAAAAGGUGGAAAAGGAACGGACCCUAUCUCAACAUAAAGGAAUCUUAAGCCAGUGCAUGGGCAAAUUGAGGGAUAUGGAGAAUGCAAAUAACAAACUUCUACUGGCAUUGAGGAAUUCUGGUGUGGAAAAGAUAUUUGAGGCUUAUCAGUGGGUGCAAGAACAUCGCCAUGAGUUCAAUAAGGAGGUUUAUGGCCCUGUGUUGCUUGAGGUUAAAGUUCCAAAUCGUGUACAUGCAGGCUACCUAGAAGGCCACGUCCCUUAUUAUAUCUGGAAGUCAUUUGUAACUCAAGAUUCUGGUGACCGUGAUUUCUUGGUAAAAAACAUUGGUUCAUUAGAUAUUCCGGUUAUAAAUCAUGUCGGAGAUGAAAAUCGUGAUGAAGGGAUCUUUCAUGCAUCUGAUGAGAUGUGUGCCCUUGGCAUCUAUUCUAGGCUGGAUCAAGUUUUUGACGCUCCACAUGCAGUCAAAGAAGUUCUGAUUGGGCAAUUUGGACUGGAACACUCUUAUAUUGGUUCCAAGGAAACUGAUCAGAGGGCUGAUGAGGUCCUAAGACUGGGAAUUUUGGACCUCUGGACUCCAGAAAAUCAUUACAGAUGGUCUAAAUCUAGAUAUGGAGGUCAUGUUUCAGCCAUUGUGGAACCUGUGGAACAUUCUCGUCUCUUCCUAUGUAAUCAGGAUGUUGGGGAAAUUGAGAGGCUUAGGUCCAGGAAAAAAGAACUUGAUGAAACUAUUGAAGUCCUAGAUGGAAGUUUGAAGUUUCUUCAGACUGAAAUAAGACAUGCAGAGGAUGAAGCAGCUAAACGUCACAGGCAACGUGAGGAGAUUAUCAAUAUUGUACAGCUUGAGAAGAGAAAACGGCGUGAAAUGGAAAACCGUGUUAAUCAAAGGAAGAUAAAGUUGAAAUCAAUGGAACGGGAGGAAGACUUGGACACUGUCAUUGCAAAUCUAGUUGAACAUGCUUCAAGAUUAAAUGUUCAAAGAUUCCAGUGUGUGAUUGAGAUUAAGAAAUUACUCAUUAAUGCCGUGACUUACAGAAGAAGUUUUGCUGAAAAAAAUAUGGCUUCAAUUGAACUUGAAGCAAAGAUUCGAGAAAUGGAAAUCAAUGUCAAGCAACAAGAAAAGUUUGCCUUGCAGGCAUCGUUGCAUUUGGAACAUUGUAAGAAAGAGGUGGAGGAUUGUCGAAGGCAAUUGUCAGCUGCAAAAAGGCAUGCAGAAUCAAUUGCCAUAAUCACUCCAGAACUUGAACAAGCAUUUCUUGAGAUGCCUGCUACUAUUGAAGACCUGGAGGCUGCCAUUCAAGAUACUAUUUCACAAGCCAAUUCUAUUCUUUUUCUAAACAACAACAUUCUAGAAGAAUAUGAAAGUCGCCAGAAAAAAAUAGAAGAACUAUCAAAGAAACAGGAAUUAGAUGAGAAGCAAUGGAGUAGGCAAUUGGAUGAACUAAAUACUUUAAAGGAAAGUUGGCUUCCAAGGUUGAGAAACCUUGUUGCUCAGAUAAAUGAGACAUUCAGUCAUAAUUUCCAAGAGAUGGCUGUUGCUGGAGAAGUCUCAUUGGAUGAGCAUGACAUGGACUUCGAUAAAUAUGGGAUACUUAUAAAAGUAAAAUUCAGGCAAGCAGGACAACUUCAAGUACUUAGUGCUCACCAUCAAUCUGGAGGGGAGCGGUCUGUUUCAACCAUUCUUUAUCUUGUGUCUCUACAAGACCUAACAAACUGCCCUUUUAGGGUGGUUGAUGAGAUAAAUCAAGGGAUGGAUCCCAUGAAUGAAAGAAAGAUGUUUCAGCAAUUAGUCAGGGCUGCCAGCCAACCUAAUACACCCCAGUGUUUCUUACUCACGCCAAAGCUAUUGCCAGAUCUGGAUUACAGCGAGGCAUGUAGCAUUCUGACUGUAAUGAAUGGGCCGUGGAUUGAGCAGCCUUCUAAAGUGUGGAGCGGCGGAGACAGCUGGGGAUCUGUUACGGGGUUAUUGGGUGCAAGUCGGUGAUGAUGAAGACCCCCUAAUAUUGCAAUCCGCAGUGAAGGAGGUAGUAUCCGGGCUAUCUAUCAAAAUCAAAGUGCUUCGGUUUAUAUUCUCCAAUAUUGCAAUCCACAGUUAAUAGGUUUUGCAGUUUCCUCCAGGAAAAGGAAAUGCUGGUUUUGUAAAUGAAUUAUUGUGUAAUCCCUCUGUUGGCAGUAUGAUAUUUAUUCUGUGAUUUUGGUACUGUCGUCAGUAUUGCAUUGUAAGAACAAAGCUUCGUUUCAAGUAAAACAUGUGGAAAGGAAACUGGUAAAUACUUAAUCCAUGACUUCCAGUUA